UCAUCAUCAUCAUCAUCAUCAUCAUCAUCAUCAUCAUCAUCAUCAUCAUCAUCAUCAUCAAGAUGCAGGACUAUUCUUUCCUAGGAAACACAAAGAUGAUUCCUUCAACAUCCUCUUUACUCUCUUUAUACGCAUCGUUUUCCACAUCCAUGAUGCUUCUAAAAAACGCUUACCGUGAAUUAGUACCCCAUUCGAUUGAAGAGUUCGUUCUUUCAAAGCUCUCAAUCUUAUUUUUCACUCGUCAAAAACCCGAAUCUUCCAACACUUUCAUCAUCGAUGAUUCUUGGGACGGUCUCGAUAGUAACAAGCUCAUCAACGCAGCCAGAUUCUACUUAUCUUCCAAAAUCGACAGCAGCAAUAAAAUCAUUCGAGUCGGUAAGUUCCGAGGCCAAGAGAGCGUAACCGCCUCCUUAGUCGAAGGCGAAACGAUCGAUGAUGUGUUCGACGGUAUUGAGAUCACAUGGAAAUUCGCCAAGCCAGAGAAGGACUCCGCCGGGAAUGACACUCACUAUUAUAACAAAGGCUAUUUUGAGAUUACUUUUGAAGAUGAGCAUAGAGAUAAGAUUUACAACGUGUACUUGGCUCAUAUUCUUAGUACUUAUAAACUCAUGACCAAGGGCGAAAAGGUUUUAAAUCUUUAUACAAGGACCAGUAAUGGCGGGUGGAAUUGCAUUGAUUUUCAACAUCCGUCCACGUUUGAUGCGCUCGCCAUGGAUUGCAAGCUGAAGCAGUCGAUCAUGGAUGAUUUGAACAGAUUCUUGUCGAGGAGGGAUUAUUAUAAGAGAAUCGGAAAGGCGUGGAAGCGCGGUUAUCUUCUUCAUGGACCUCCGGGGACUGGAAAAACGAGUUUGAUUGCGGCGAUGGCGAAUUACUUGAAGUUUGAUGUGUAUGAUUUGGACCUUGCUAAUAUCAGUUCUGAUGGUGAUCUGAGAAGAGCUAUGCUUGAUAUAGAUAGAAAAUCUAUAACUGUUAUCGAAGAUAUUGAUUGCAAUUCGGAGGCGCAUACUAGAGCUAAAUCUAAACAAAAAUCAUCAUCUGAUGAUUCUUCUGAUGAUGAACGUACGGUCUUCAAGAAAUUUUCGCUUUCGGGGCUACUAAACAGCAUUGAUGGAUUGUGGUCGAGUUGCGGGGAGGAGAGGAUAGUCGUAUUUACGACGAAUCACAAAGAUGUUCUAGACCCCGCAUUGCUUCGCCCCGGACGGAUGGAUAUGCACAUUCACAUGUCAUAUUGUACUCCCCAAGGAUUCAGGAUUUUGGCCAAUAAUUACCUUGAAGUGAAAGAGCACCCAUUAUUUGACGAAAUUGAUGAGUUGAUAAUGAGUACGGAGGUGACCCCUGCAUCUUUGGCUGAAGAGUUAUUGACGAGUGAAGAUGCUGAUGUGGCUCUUGCAGUAGUUGUUAAUUUCCUUAAGCAAAGGAAAAUGGAGAACGAAAAAACUGAAGAAGAAAAGAAAAUCAAGAAAAGUAAAGCUGAAGAGGAGGAGAAAACCAAAGUUGACGAUGAGAAGAAAAGCUCUGUUUAGUGAUUUUGAAGUUACUGUUUAGUGAUAUUUAAUUAAUAAGAUUUCAGUAUUUUUUUAUCAUUUAA